AUGCCCAUGGAGGAGUUCAUGGAGCUGCCCGGUAAGGGUGCUGAUGCAGCUGCUGCAGAGAGUGUAGUCUUGAACGGCUUCUGCGAUGCCUCUGAGGCACAAGCAGACGAGCUCGUGGAUGCUGUGUGGCAGAACCGAGCCAGGGACGUGGAGCGCAUUUUAUCGAGGCCUCAGGAUCCCAACUUGACCGCGGCCUGGGGUUGGACGCCUUUGCUCCGGGCGUCGGUCGAAGGACACCUAGAUGUGGCACGGCUAUUGCUGGAGGCCGCGUCCGCUGUGGACAAGACGCUGCCGAAUGGCACCAGCCCGCUCCUGGCAGCAUGUGAGAUGGGUCACCGGGACCUGGCUCGGAUGCUACUGGAGUCCCACGCGGAUGUGAACAAUGCCCUUCUGAGUGGUGAGACCCCUCUGUUCAUGGCAGCUCAGAAUGGCGCGAACAACGCGGAUGAGGUGACGCUGAUGCCCAUAGCCAAGAAGCCGCAGGCCCCUCAUAUGAGCUGGCGGGUUUCGCUGUGGAGUCCUAAGUGCAUAGUCAUACAAUACCAGUAG